AUGCCCACCACCUACGUCGUCACCGGUGCCUCCCGAGGACUCGGCCUCGAGCUCGUUCGUCAACUCCUCUCUACUCGACCCGAGAACCGCGUCAUCGCUCUAGCUCGGAACCCUUCCAUGGCCAAGGAUUUGAAUGAGCUCGUCAAGACCCAGGAGAACGAGGGGAGGGGUUUGGUGUUCAAGGCGGACGUGACGGAUGAGCCAAGUCUUCAGGUGAGCUUUUUGUUUUAUUCCUUGGGCAAUGGUAUGGUAUCUAUGAUCGUAUGACUCACUUGGGUGAAAUAUGCGGUCAUGUAGGCCGCUGCCAAGGAGAUUGAGGCUUCGUCUUUCGGCAAGAACGGCAUCGAUGUCCUCAUCAACAACGCAGGAAUCGCUCAAGGCGCUGGCACCGUAACCAAUUCGUGAGUCCGCAGAGUCUAUUGCUCUCUUCAUUCAUGGAAAUUAUGUUCAUUUGAAGCCAAGGCCCCUACUGAAGAAUCUGUCUUUUAUCCCUUCCCUCUCACAACGUGGCAGCUCGGUGGAAGAAUUCCGCGCCAACUUUGAAACCAACGUCAUCGGCGUCGUGCAAUCGACCCUCGCCCUCCUCCCUCUUCUACGCAAGGGUUCGAAGAAACAGAUCUUUGUCAUUUCGAGUGGUCUGGGACCGAUCGGGGGUGGUUAUCAGGUGUCGUGGGCCGCGACGUGUGAGGUUUUGCUUCGUCGGCUGCGUUUUCGGCGAAGAGCCUGCGGCCCAUGUCGGGCUCGCGAUUGCUGAUCAAUUUUUGAGUCUUUCCGUUUUGUACGUACAGAUUCGGCGUCCAAGACGGCGGUCAACAUGUGGACGGUCAAACUCGCACGCGAACUUGAACCGGUCAGUAGCCACAAUAGGCAAGGUUUUCAUCGCCCGCAGCGUUGCUCAUGAAGAUCAUGCGCGACUGUACAGGAGGGUUUUACGGUCGUCCUUCAAUGCCCCGGUCACGUUCAAACCGACAGUGAGCGCAGGAUGCAUGAUCGACGUCUUGCCUUGCCUAUGAUUUGUCCGCUGACUCGCGAGCUGCCACGCUGCUGAUCCAUCAGUGGGAGGCAAAGACGCUUCCUUGACGCCGUACGAAUCGAUCAAUGGGGUGUAAGUUUGUUUUUUGGAGGGCCUUAACUGCCGGAGGAGCCAAUACUGAUAUCAAAUAAUCUCUUUCCUUCCCCGACAGUCUCAACAACACGAUCUACAAAGUCGGCCCUUCGGAUACGGGCAAGUUCUUCAACCAAUCGGGUGGACAAAAUCCUUGGUGA